AUGUCUGACUGGGAGAGUACCACCAAGAUUGGCAGCAAGUUCCGCGGAGCUGGCGCUGCCCCCCGCGAGACUGUCGUCAAGGGCAAGUCAGCCAUUAACGCCGCCCAGCGCUCCGGCAACUUCACCACCGAUAAGAAGUACAACACUCCGAACGCCGGUAGCAAGGCAGGCGUUCCCGAAGGCCAGCACCUCACCAAGGUCGACCGCAGCGACGACAUCAUCAAGCCCAAGACCGUCGGCACCGCCGUCGCUGACGCCAUCAAGAGGCGCCGCACCGAGGAGGGCUACAAGAUGACCCAGAAGGAACUCGCCACCAAGUGCAACACCACCCCGACCAUCAUCCAGGACUUCGAGCGUGGCACCGGUACCCCCGACCAGAAGGUUCUCGGUGCCAUGGAGCGCGUGCUGAACAUUAAGCUCCGUGGUUCCGACAUUGGUGCUGAGAAGUUCCCCAAGAAGAAGAAAUAG